AUGUUGUCCGCAGAACGAAUUCCGAGACAUCAACCCUUCCGAUACCAGACCAGCACGACCAAAGCCGCCCUAGACGUCUCUGUCCGCGAAAUGGCGGCCGAAGGCGACGAGCACAUCGAGCAUAUUUGGAUCAUCACCGGCCCUGCUGGUUGCGGGAAGACCACCGUCGCCCAACAUCUGGCUCAGGAAUUGUCCCUGCCCUACGUAGAGGGCGAUGAUUUUCAUCCCGUAGCCAACAAGCAGAAAAUGGCCUCCGGCAUCCCCCUGACAGACGCCGAUCGAUGGGACUGGUUGAUAACACUUAGAAACGAGGCUAUCAAGCAAUUGCAGCAUUCCAACGGCGUGAUUGUCACCUGCUCUGCCCUCAAGCACAAGUACCGGGAUGUGAUCAGAGUGGCCAACUACGAGCACCCUUCCGUGCAGGUCCAUUUCGUAUACCUCAAAGUCGACGAGACGACGUUGCAAAAGAGAGUGGCUGCUCGAGUCGGCCACUACAUGAAGGAGGGGAUGGUCCACAGUCAAAUGGCGACCUUGGAGGAGCCCGAGUUGGACGAGGAGUGGGAUGUACUCCCAGUGGAUGUAAGAGAUGACAAGGAGACAGUCAAGAAGCAUGCUCUGGAGGUGGUACAAAGAAAACUGAAGGAAUAUGAAAGUUUACCUAAACGUCCCAACUAA